CCCUCCAAUGAGAAGCAGCAGCCGUGGAGCAGGGACGCCUAGACGGGCUCCUGCAGACGUUUCACAGCAGCACCGUCCAUAGUGCGGACGGCCCCGAGUCCUGCGGACGACUUCAUCGUGCUUUUCGGAUGCAUGCUGGGGUGGAUUCGAUAAAGGGAGCCGAAGACCCAGCUCCAAGCCGACAGCAGAAUAAGAGGUGUGCAUCCGCAUCCAGCGCGAAAACGAGAAGAAGCCUAUUGUCGGCGAUCAAGUAGUAGACGUGAGCCUUGGAGCAUCCUCUGCUGGCUAAUACAACAGGCUUGUUCUAUUCUGCAGCUGUGUGGGACACAUACUGAUAAAUGGUGUGGAGGAAGGCCACAGUUAAAGGGUAGCGGGAUACAAGGCUCCCGAUUCAGCGGCUUCGGAACAAACCAGAGUCCGACUGGAACCACUCGGACCGGGCUUUUUCUUAAACACUCACAUCAGGCUACUGGAGACAAACAGGAUGGCAGUAUAAUGGGAUAAAAUUAAAAAUGGGUCAAUGGGUAGGUGUGCAAGUUCCUCUCCUCGGCCUGACUCUCCAGCUUUUAUUACUGAUAUUCCAGCUAUCAGCCGGCCACGACGAGAACAUCAAUGAAACUCCCCAGGAUGUACUCAACUUCAACUUCACACGUACUGUCUACCACGCAACAGUUUAUGAAAACUCAGCAGCACGAACCUAUACCAACAGUAAAGUUAAAAUGGGCAUACACCUUUCCAAAAUGUCCUGGGAAAUUCGCUACAGAAUUACUUCUGGGGAUGAUGAAGGGCUUUUCAAAGCAGAAGAUUAUGUACUGGGGGACUUCUGUUUCUUGCGCAUAAGGACCAAAGGGGGCAAUGCAGCCAUCUUAAACCGAGAGAUUCAAGAUAAUUAUGUAUUGACAGUGAAAGCCUAUGUUAAGGGAGAGACUGUUCUUGAGACCUGGACUAAAGUCAGCAUCCAAGUGUUAGAUAUGAAUGACCUCCGGCCCCUGUUUUCACCUACCACAUACUCUGUGACCAUAGCAGAGAGCACUCCUCUCAGAACUAGCAUAGCGCAGGUUACUGCAACUGAUGCAGAUAUUGGCUCCAAUGGAGAGUUUUACUUCUUUUUCAAGGACAAAAUUGAACUGUUUGCAGUACACCCAACCAGUGGAGUGGUUUAUCUUAGUGGAAAGGUUAAUGUUGAUGAACAGGAUCGGUAUGACUUAGAAAUUAUGGCGGUUGAUCGUGGCAUGAAGCUGUAUGGAAACAAUGGAGUUAGCAGCACAGCUAAGCUUUUUGUCCAUAUUGAGCGUGUGAAUGAGCAUGCUCCAGUUAUGAAUAUAGUCAACCUAAGCGGCUCCAGGUUAGAUAAGAAUAGUGUAUAUGCCAUAAUCAUUGUUGAAGACCUUGAUGAAGGCUUAAACGGCAAAAUUGAUUCAGUCCUUAUUAUGGAUGGUGACCCUUCAAGACAGUUUUAUAUAGAAAAACAUGAAGAAGAGGAAUUCGUCAUUAAAUCCACUAAAAUAAUAUAUGGUGAAACUUUCCCAUAUGGUUGUAACUUAACCCUGCAGGCAAAAGACAAAGGAAUUCCUCCCCAGUUCUCUGCUCCACAGGUUCUACAGAUAACAUUUUCCAAACAGCAGACAACAGAAGCUAAAUUUGAGCAGGAGUUCUAUGUUGUUAGUCUUAAUGAAAUUUCACCACCUGGUACAAUUGUGGGUUUUUUUAAGAUCAGGCCAGAACCUGAUGAUGCAGAGUAUAUUCUGACACCUUCUGCAGAUUCAAGUUUUUUCAAAAUCAAUACCUUAACUGGUGCAAUUUCCACCUCUUGCUGGUUUACUCAUGUAUCCAAGGAUAUCUUUAUUCUUGAGGUAUUGGAAGUAGACAGUAAUCUCAGAGCUAAAGUGCAGAUAACCAUUGAAGAUGCUAAUGAUAAUACACCUGAAUUUUCCCAGUCCUCCUAUGAGGUUUUUGUAAAUGAAAGUGUACCAGUUGGGACCAACAUAUUAACAGUUUCGGCAGUUGAUGAAGAUAAGGGUGAAAAUGGAUACAUUACAUACAGUAUUCACUGCUUUCAACAAAUACCCUUUGAAAUUAACCAAUUCUCUGGUGUUAUAAGUAGUAAUACAAAUUUUGAUUUUGAAGCUUCACCAGAGGUAUUUGUGUUUGUUGUCAGAGCUUCUGACUGGGGUUCACCUUACAGACGAGAGAGUGAAGUCACUGUAACUAUCCACUUACAAAAUGUAAACGAUAAUAAGCCAUUGUUUGAGAAGGUAGCAUGCAAAGGGGAGAUUUCUGUGGAUUUCCCAGUAGAUGAAAUAAUAACCACAAUGUCUGCCAUUGAUAUAGAUGAGUUAGACUUGGUAAAAUACAAGAUUAUUUCAGGAAAUGAACUGGGGCUGUUUGACCUCAAUCCUGAUUCAGGUGUUCUUGCAUUGCACAAUUCCCUUUCCACAUUGAGUCCUAAGUAUACCAUCUUAAGUUUGAAAAUAACUGCUACAGAUGGUGAAAACCUUUCGGAUCCUAUCUUUGUCAACAUUUCAGUUGUACAUGAAAAAUCUCUUUACAAGAAUUUUACAUGUAUAGAAACCAAUGUGGCACAAAGGUUAGCUGAAAAGUUACUAAAAAAGUCUAAAGCUAGCACAAAGCUUAAAAUCGAGGAAGGUUUUAUUGACCUGUUCUCUGUCAAUCGGCAAACACCCCAGUUUGAUAAAGCUUUCCCCUCUGAUAUUGCUGUGCAGGAAGACUUACAAGUUGGCUCAAGUGUUUUAAAGGUCAAUGCAUAUGAUAGUGAUACAGGUUUCAAUGGUCAGAUUCUGUACUCUAUUUCUGAUGGAAACACUGACAAUUGUUUUAAUAUUGACUUGCAAACUGGUCUAAUCAGUAUUUUUCUGCUUUUGGACAGAGAGAAAAGAGACCACUAUAUCCUCAACCUAACCAUUUAUGAUCUUGGCUUCCCACAAAAAGCAGCUUGGCGUUUGCUUACUGUCCACAUAGUGGAUGCAAAUGAUAAUGCACCUCAGUUUUUGCAAGAAGGAUAUAGAAUAGUGAUACAUGAAAACACUGCAAUAGGCACAAGUAUCAUCCAGAUUGAGGCCACUGACAAAGAUCUUGGAGUCAAUGGUGAAAUGGUUUACUCGCUCCUGACAAGCACCUCACAAUUUAGCAUUAACUCCACUAAUGGGAUUGUUUAUGUCACUGGCCAACUAGAUCGAGAGUUGGUUCCUACCUAUUACUUAAAGAUUAAAGUUCGAGACAGUGCAGACAAAGGGAGACACAAGUUUUCAGUCACUAUUUUGAAAGUUAUUUUAGAGGAUGUGAAUGACUGUCCCCCACUAUUUAUCCCCAGUGUGUACAAAGCCAGGGCUCUGGAGGAUCUUCCGUUAGGAACUGUUGUGGCCUGGAUCGAAACCCAAGACCCAGAUCUAGGGUUGGGAGGCCAGGUUCGAUACUCGCUAGUUAAUGACCACAAUGGAUUGUUUGAUUUGGAUCGGAACACAGGAGCCAUUCGACUGAUGAAGGAACUGGACUAUGAGAUCCAGCAAUUCUACAACCUCACAGUAAAAGCCAAAGACAAGGGGAAACCAGUGUCACUUCUUUCAGUCACCUUUGUGGAGUUGGAAGUAAUCGAUGUAAACGAAAACCUCUGUGCUCCAUAUUUUUCACACUUUGCCUUAACUGGAACAAUUGAAGAGAAUGCCCCUACUGGAACUACUUUACUCCAAGUUAGUGCACAAGAUGAUGAUGCUGGUAGAGAUGGAGAGAUCCACUAUUCCAUUCGUGAUGGGAGCGGGCUUGGACGAUUUGCCAUAGAUGAGGAGACGGGGGUGAUCUACACCAUUGAUACAUUGGAUCGUGAGACCAAGGACUCUUAUUGGCUGACAAUUUAUGCCAGUGACUGUGGUGUUGUUCCCCUGUUCAGCACUAUUGAGGUGUUCAUUAAAGUGGAAGAUGUUAAUGACAAUGCCCCACUGACCUCCGAGACAUUGUUUCGAUGCUCAGUACCUGAGAAUUCUCCCCGAGAUGUUUCUGUAAUUCAAAUCCAUGCUCAGGAUCCUGAUGUUUCACCCCCUUACACUGCUGAUUGGCUAAGCUAUCGCAUUGUUAGUGGAAACCCACAAAACUUCUUUACUAUCAACUCUCGCACUGGACUGAUCACUACAACCUCACGGAAGCUGGAUCGUGAACAGAAACAGGAGCAUUCUCUGGAGGUGCUGGUAUCGGAUGGCAGUCCAAGUUCCAAGAGCAGUACAUUGUGGGUAAUCGUUUCAGUCCUAGAUGAAAAUGACAACCGACCAACUUUUCAUGAGAAGGUCUACCAAGUCAGACUUCCAGAGAGAGAGCGAAGAAAGAAGGCUGAACCUAUCUAUCGCGUGUUUGCCUACGAUCAGGACCAUGGGCUCAACAGUGAUCUCUCGUACAGCAUUGUGGAUGGCAAUGAUGAUGGAAAAUUCUACAUAGACUCCAAGACAGCUGUGGUGUCAUCACGCAAGGCCUUUGCUGCAGGAAGCUAUGACAUCCUGACUAUAAAAGCAUCAGACAAUGGGCGUCCACAGAGAUCAUCAACAGCUCGCCUGCAUAUUGAGUGGAUCCGACGACCACCACCUUCAUCUCAGCCGUUGCUCUUUGAAGAGUCAUUCUAUAAUUUUACCAUCACAGAGAAUGAAAAGGUGGCAGAGAUUGUGGGUGUGGUGUCUCUACAACGGAACCCGUUCCCUGUUUGGUUUGAUAUCACAGGGGUCAGGUCUUUCCGUGAGAUGUUCUAUCUCUUGCAGAGUGCUUGUUUCAAGAACUGUUCUUCAGAAGCAGGUGGAAACAGUGACAAUGUGUUUGAAGUAGAGAAGACAGCGGCUACUAUCAUCAUCGCCAAGCCUAUGGAUGCUGAGCAACACUCCUUCUACAACCUGACAGUGCUGGCCACAGAUGGCACCAAUAUUGCCUAUACACAGGUUUACAUUACUGUUCUGGACAGCAACGAUAAUGACCCCAUCUUCUCACAACAAGUCUAUGAGGCCAUCAUCUUGGAGGAAACACCGCCCAACACUGAAGUGGUCCAGAUAUCGGCAUCAGACCGGGAUGUGCAUCACCAGCUCACUUAUUCUCUCUACAGCUCCAUAGAUUCUAGAAGCAUGCAUCUGUUCCACAUCCACCCCACACUAGGCACAAUCUACACUACUCAAAGACUAGACCACGAGGCCUGUGCCCAACACAUUUUGACUGUUAUUGUCAAGGACCAAGAGUUUCCAUACAGAAAGAAUUUUGCUCGUGUACUGAUAGAGGUGGAAGACAUAAAUGAUCAUGCACCCUUCUUUACCAGUGCACUCUAUGAAGGCUUAGUUUAUGAAUCAGCUGCAGUGGGAUCAGCUGUAGUUCAGCUUACCGCUCUGGACAAAGAUAAAGGCAAGAAUGCUGAACUGCACUAUUUCAUUGAAGCAGGGAAUACUGGGAAUGCAUUUAAUCUUGAACCGGUUCUGGGAAUACUUCGUGUUGCACGUCACUUGGACAUAUCAAGUAUAGGACACUAUGUUGUUAGUGUCAGAGUCACUGACAAUGGCACCCCUGCACUAUCUGCUACCACAAUAGUGCGCAUAGCCAUCACUCUCUCUGACAAUUCUUGUCCAAGGUUCCAUCAACCUGAAUACCAGACUGAGAUCAGAGAGAAUGCUAUUAUUGGGACCUCUGUAACCACAAUCAGUGCUGUCAGUCAGUCUACCCUCACUUUCGACAUCAAACAAGGAAACACGGAACACGUUUUUCAAAUUAAUCAAUAUAGUGGAGUCAUUACAACUCAAAAGCCUCUUGACUAUGAGAAUAUAGCUUCUUAUACCCUUAUAGUGCAAGCCACCAACAUGGCUGGUAUGGCCUCCAAUGUUAGCCUGGUAAUUCAGAUAGUGGAUGAGAAUGACAAUCCACCUGUGUUUCAGCAGCAUCACUAUCAUGGCACUAUUUGUGAAUUAGCACCAAUCAACAGUGUGGUCUUGAAUUCAGAAAACCUACCUCUAGUAAUCAAAGCACAUGAUGCUGACUCCAACCAAAAUGCUUUGUUGGUCUACCAAAUUGUUGAGGAGACUGCAAAGUCAUUCUUCACUGUGGACUCUGUAACUGGAUCCAUUAGAACAAUUGCCAAUCUUGAUCAUGAGACAUUUUCAUCCUUCCAUUUCCAUGUUCAUGUGAGGGACAAUGGUAGGCCACAACUAACAGCAGACAGUCUAACUGAUGUGACCAUUCAAGUGAUCGACACAAAUGAUUCACCUCCUCUCUUUAAACAGAAUACUUAUAAAACUGUUCUGCUACUCCCCACCUAUGUUGGAGUAGAAGUUCUACAGGUAUCAGCUAUAGACCCUGAUACUGAUGUUCCAACAGACCUUACAUAUUCUUUGGCUGAUGGAGUGUUGGAGAAUUUUUCCAUCAAAUCCUACAGUGGGAUUGUCUUAGUCAAAAACAGUAACUUCUCCAAAGAUCUUUUUCACUUCAAUGUCAGAGUUUCAGAUGGCAAAUUUUCAAGCACUGUUCCUGUGACUAUAAUUGUCAAAGAGGCUCUGGACUCUGGUCUAAGUUUUUCCCAGAGGGUUUACAUCUCAUCCAUUAAGGAGAAUGAGUCAAAUAUCACCACAGUGGCUGUGGUCAGUGCUGUAGGAAACCGUCUCAAUGAGCCAUUGAUGCACACCAUCUUGAAUGCUGGUACAAUGUUUGAAAUUCGUCCAACAUCUGGUGUCAUCCAAACCACAGGAAUACCCUUUGAUCGAGAAGAACAGGACCUCUAUGAACUGAUUGUAGAAGCAAGACGGGAACAUGAUCAUCAGCAUGUGGCCAGAGUUCUGGUUAAAGUUCAAGUUGAAGACUUAAAUGAUAAUUCCCCUGUGUUUGUUGGACUUCCAUAUUAUGCAGCUGUUCAAGUAGAAGCUGAGUCCGGAUUACCAAUUUUCAGAGUCUCUGCAGUGGAUGCUGACAAAGGUAUUAAUGGAAAGGUGACAUACUUUCUCAAAGAUGAUCAUGGCCACUUUAAGAUUGACCAACAGACAGGUACCAUUAGCCUCAAGAGGACUUUUGAGUCAGAUUUGUCCAAUGUGGAGUACCAAAUAGUGAUACAUGCCAAAGAUUGUGGUGAUCCUCCCCUGUCAUCUAGCAUUACCUUUCCCAUCACUGUAGUCAACAAAGCCAUGCCUGUCUUUGACAAAUCAUUUUACUUUGUUUCUGUGAAUGAGGAUGUGGAUGUACACACACCAAUUCUGGGCAUCAAUGCCACCAGUCCUGAUGGAAAAAACAUAAUCUACACUAUUGUUGAUGGCGAUGCAUUUCUCCAGUUUAGUAUUGGGUUUGAUACCGGAGUUAUAAGUGUAAUUAAUUCAUUAGACUAUGAAGAAACGGCAUGUUAUCGCCUGACCAUCAGAGCUACAAACUACCUAACCGGCUCCCAUGCAGAAGUUGAUGUAGAUAUUUUGGUCCAAGACAUAAAUGAUAACGCACCUGUCUUUAAAGAGAUAUCCUACAGGAUUGUUUUGUCUGAAACUGUUAUGAUUGGGACUCCAGCCCUUCAAGUUGUUGCCACAGACAAGGACUCAGAGAAGAACAAUGUUGUUGCCUAUCAGAUAUUCUCCAAAGAGCAUAACAGCACAGAUUAUUUUCACAUUGAUAGUAGCAGUGGAUUGAUCCUUACAGCACGAAACCUAGACCAUGAGCUUGUAUCAGAGUAUGACUUUAUCGUCCGGGCCACAGAUAAUGGUUUUCCAUCAUUAUACUCUGAAGUACCAGUGUUGGUUCUGCUAAAAGAUAUGAAUGACAAUCCUCCAGUUUUUAGCCAGCUUCUCUAUGAGGCAUAUGUGAGUGAGUUAGCACCAAAAGGACACUUUAUAACCUGUGUUCAAGCCUCAGAUGCUGAUCGUUCAGAUUUUGACAAGUUGGUGUACAGCAUUUUGUCAGGAAAUGAAAAAAUGGAUUUUGUCAUGGAAAGAAAAACGGGAAUCAUCAUGUUGUCCAGCCAUCGCAGGCAAAGAAUGGAGGCUGCUUACAGCCUCAACGUUUCCGUUUCUGAUGGAGUUUUUACCAGCACAGCUCAAGUUCAUAUUAAAGUUUUUGGGGCCAAUCUGCACAAUCCAGUGUUUGAACAGAAUACGAUUGAGGCAGAGUUGAAAGAGAAUGCUCCUGUGGGAACAAAUGUAAUUCAGGUGAGGGCAAUGGACACAGACCCUGGAGUAUUUGGCCACGUAACUUAUUCAUUUGUUAAUGAUGUUGGUAAUGACCUGUUUAGCAUUGAUGCUCGAGGUCAAAUAAGCACAACAGAAAAACUUGACCGUGAGGACCCUUCCAACUUGGACAUAGUUCUUACAGUGGCCGCUCAGGAUCCAGGAGGGCGUGUUUCCUAUUGCACAAUACAGCUUACUAUCUUAGAUGUAAAUGAUAAUGCACCCCAGUUUAGUGCCACAGAGUACCGAGCAACACUCAAAUUUGAUGUGCCCAAGGGGUUCUUGAUAACACAGAUUCAGGCUAUUGAUCCUGAUUAUGGCACUAAUGCCAAGAUAACAUUUUCACUUUACAGUGAGGCACGGGUCCCUGUAGCAGACAUUUUGGACAUAGACCCAGAGAGUGGUUGGAUGGUAACCAAAGGCAGCUUCAGCCACUUAAGAAACUCAAUUUUAUCCUUUUUCGUAAAGGCUGAAGAUGGAGGAAAUCCAGUUAGACACUCUUUGGUUCCUGUUUACAUUCAUGUUCUGUCUCCUGAAGCUUUUUUUCCUGACUUCAGUCAGCACCAUUACUCAUUUAGCAUACCUGAGAAUACACCCAUAGGUUCAGUCAUUGGGAGGGUUCACGUCAAGAUUCCUCCUGGAUACAACCCAUCUUUACUUAGCUUUACCAUAGUUAAUGGAGAAAAUAGUGAAAACAACCUAGAUGGGGUAUUUUUAGUAGAAAAACAUACAGGGGUGAUUAAACUUGAUAAGCCCUUGGAUCAUGAGGUAAUGAAAGGAUUUAACUUCAAAAUCACUGCUACUGCGCACCAGAAUAAGUUGGAUGCUGUGACUUGUGUUGAUGUGGAGGUCAAAGUUUUAGAUCUUAAUGACAAUAAACCAUCCUUCGACACCAACUCUUAUGUGGCAACUGUUAUGGAAGGAAUGACAGUUGGAACCAGCAUUAUUCAGGUCAAAGUUUACGACCCGGACUCAGGAGCCAAUGGUCAAGUAACAUACAGGCUUGGGACAUCAAUACAAGAAGAGGAAAAGUCUAAAACAUUAGAACAAACUUUUAGCAUAGACAGUAAUACCGGCUGGAUUGUUUCAUGCAAAGAACUCGACCAUGAGUCCAAUCCCUCCUACAUAUUCACAGUGGUAGCAUCAGACCUUGGAGAGACCCUGACUUUUUCCAGUACCAGCACUGUGACAGUGGCAGUGACAGACAUCAAUGACAACCCCCCCAUAUUCAUGGAGAACCAUUACUUCAGUUCAGUUCAGGAGGGUGUCCCCCCAGGCGAGGUGGUGGCUGUGCUGAAUACAAAGGAUAAUGACAGCUCUGCUGUUAAUCGCCAUGUCACCUAUGUCAUAACUGGUGGGAAUUACAGAGGUGUAUUUGCACUCGGCUUGGUUCAAGGUGAAUGGAAGAUGUAUGUAAAAGGGCCAAUGGACAGAGAGGAGCGCAACCUUUACAUCAUCAAUGUCACUGCAAGUGAUGGACUUUUUGUUUCCCACACAAUUGUGGAGGUGACGGUGAUAGACACCAAUGACAACAACCCCAUUUGUGACCAGGUGGUAUAUACAGCCAGCAUUCCAGAGGACCUCCCAAUAAACAGUGUGUUGCUGAGGGUUGGCGCUACAGAUGCAGACACAGGCAGCAACGCUCAGCUCAAGUACUCUCUAUAUGGUACUGGAUCCCAGGACUUCAGCAUGGAUCCAUACACAGGGGAAAUCAAGUCAGCAGUAAUGCUCGACCAUGAGAUCAAUCCUAACUACAGAAUAAUUGCUAAAGCAACUGACGGUGGAGGACGCUGGUGUCAUGCUGAAGUGCUGGUGGUGGUGACAGACGUGAAUGACAACCCGCCACUUUUCACGCUGUCAGAGUACCUUACCGCUGUGUAUGAAGAUACUCCAGUAAAGGCUCUGCUCACUCGCAUCCAUGCUAUAGAUCCAGAUGAAGCAGGUCCAGGUCGCAUGGUGGUCUAUUCCCUGGUUGACUCUGCUGGAGGUUUUUUCUCCAUUGAUAAGUUCACAGGCAUAAUAAUCCUGGAGCACAUUCUUGACCGUGAAGUCCAGUCAACUCAUCACAUAACCGUGUGUGCAUCUGAUCAGGGUUUGCCUCUGCCUCUCUACUCACUGGUCAACAUCACAAUUACUGUGCUUGACAUUAAUGACAACCCACCUGUUUUUGAGCGCCGUGAUCAGCUGGCAACAGUUCCAGAGGAUGUGGGAGUUGGCACUGAAAUUCUGAGAGUAUAUGCUGCCAGCAAAGACAUUGGGACAAAUGCUGAGAUCACCUACAGCAUCAGAUCAGGCAACGAGCACAAGAACUUCUACAUUCAUCCGCUGACAGGUGCCAUUUUAGUCACCAACCCUUUGGACUAUGAGACCUGCAAGGACUACUUCCUAACAGUUGAGGCCCGUGAUGGGGGAACUCCACCUUUGAGCGCCAUUACUACACUGAACAUAAACUUAACAGAUGUUAACGAUAAUGCUCCAGUGUUCAGCCAUGACCUUUACACUGCUGUGUUACCUGAAGAUUCCACAACUGGACAGUUUGUAGUCCAGCUGGUAGCAGAAGAUGCUGAUAGUGGUCUGAAUGGAGCCAUCCUCUACUCCAUUUUCAGCGGAGACCAGGAGAACGAGUUCUUCAUUGACCCUAUAAGGGGUAUAAUAAAGGUCAACAAGCCACUGGACCGUGAAACAGUUCCGAGAUACUCACUUGCUGUGAGAGCACUCGAUACUGGAACCCCACCAAUGUCGUCCACUGCAGUAGUCAACAUAGAGAUCUCUGACAUCAAUGACAACUCACCCACCUUCUUCCCAUUAAACCUUACUGCUGUCAUACAGGAAAACAAGCCCAUUGGCACCAAAAUCCUGCAGCUGUCAGUCAUCGAUCAGGACUCUUCGCAAAAUGGUCCACCUUUUUCCUUCAGCAUCCUAUCUGGAAAUGAUGGCAUGGAGUUUGAGUUGGAGACAGACGGGACACUGGUGGCAAAUCAAGUCUUCAGAAGAGACAUAGCCAAGGAUUAUGUUCUUCAGAUACAGGUGUCGGACUCUGGCAAGCCUCCUAUGUCCUCCUUCUCGAACCUCACUGUUCGAGUGAUUGAAGAGAGUCUUCAUCGGCCAGUAGCAUUUCCAUUGGAAAUUCAUAUUGUCACUAUGGAGGAUGAGUUUCCUGGUGGUGUAAUUGGGCAGCUCCAUGCCACCGAUGGUGAUCCUUAUGAUGCACUAAUUUUCGGACAUGCCGCACCCUUCCAGCGCAGUCUAUUUAAGAUCAGUCCCCAUGAUGGAAAGAUCAUUGCUCUCAGUGGGUUGGAUGCCGGUGAAUACUUUCUCAAUGCCAGUGUUAGUGAUGGCCGCUUUAGCGUACCUGUUUCUGUGAGCGUGCAUGUAGAGCAAGCAACACCUGAGAUGCUACGUGAUGCUGUGACAGUGCGCUUUGAAAGUGUAGCGCCACAAGAUUUUGUAGCAUUAUACCUAAAGAAUGUGUUGAAGGUUAUGCAGCAGGCUGCCACAUCCCAACAGCAUGACACACUCCACCUGCUUAGUCUGCAACCAGUUGGUGGGACACAACAACUAGACCUGCUUGUGUCAGUAGAAACAGCAGGAGGGGGUUAUUACAAGGCAGCUUACCUCACUCAGAAACUUAGCACUUCACGUCAGAAACUGGAGGAUGUUCUUAGAGUAUCUGCUAUUCUCGAUAAAAACUGUUCAGGUUUAGAGUGUCGUGGAGCACAAUGUGAACAAAGUAUCAUUCUGGAUUCACACAACUUGGCUACAUACAGCACUCCUCGAGUCAGUUUUGUCUCACCUCGCUUCCACCGGACCUCACGCUGUACAUGCCAUGAUGCCAGUUGUGCAAUUCUGGUUGAACAGUGUGAAGAACAGUUGUGUCCACCAGACAUGCAAUGUGUUUCAGUAGAGGUCACUAGAGGGCGCUAUGCAUGCCAGUGUCCACGAGGCAAACUGGGAGAAUGUGCAGGUCAUUCGUCUCUGAGUUUCUCAGGCAACAGCUAUAUAAAAUACAGGCUGUCCAACCAGCUGCAGAAGGAGAUGAAACUUACCUUGAGGAUCAGGACUUUGCAGAGCCGAGGAAUCAUCAUGUAUAUGCACAAUGAGCGCUGCGUUAUUCUCAAGUUAGAGGAAGGAAAGCUAUGGUUUCAGCUGUCCUGUGCCCCUCUCCUGAGUGGAGGUGCUGAAGGUCCUGACAUGUUGGGGCCUGCUGGACGUCGCAUCAAUGAUGGCAAUUGGCACACUGUGGGGUUGGAGCUGAAUCACAAUUUCAGUAGCCUGGCACUAGACGACAGCUAUAUUGAGCAACGGCAUCCGCCAUCCUUAAUACAAACAUUACCUCCAGAUCGAACAUUCUACUUUGGAGCACUGGUACAGCCCCCACACUCGCGUAGUCUUGUGGUCUCCCAAAAGGACCUGCAGGUGCAUGAGGGAUUCCAAGGAUGCCUUGAUUCAGUCAUGCUGAAUAAUAGAGAGCUGCCUCUGCAGAACAAACGCUCACAGUAUGCAGAAGUAGUGGAACUGACAGAGCUGAAGCUUGGCUGCAUUCUCUACCCUGAUGCAUGCCAACAUCAACCCUGUCGCAAUGGUGCCACUUGUACCAGUCUGCCCUCUGGUGGGUUUACAUGUAGUUGUAAUGCCCAAUUCACUGGAGGUAGCUGUGAGAUGGAGAUCACUGUGUGUGUUCCCAAUCCCUGUCAAAACAAUGGUGUGUGUAAACCCAUCGGCAAAGCAUUCCUCUGCAGCUGCAGGAGAGGCUUCAGGGGCCUUAUGUGUGAGGAAGAUGUGAAUGAAUGUGACCGAAACAAUCCUGAGGGUGAAUGUGAGAAUGGAGGCACCUGCAUCAACACUCCCGGCUCCUUCUACUGUAACUGUACACCUGGCUUUGUGGGACAACGCUGCACUUUACGACCCGUUGUUGUCCCGGACAUGCAGGCUGGUCAUGCUGUGGUUGGCAAGGAGGAGCUGAUUGGCAUUACUGCAGUGCUUUUUGUCAUUAUCAUCCUUAUUGUUCUCUUUAUUGCUUUUCGCAAGAAAGUUUUUAAUAAAAACUACUCAAGGAACGAUCUAUCUCUGGUUCAGGACCCAGCCACUGCAGCACUUCUCAACAAAGCCAGUUGUAUUCCAUUAAAGACUUUACACUGCACACCUGAAGACCACCAAACCCUGUACUCAGACUCAGGUAUACAACCAAACUUUGUGGGAGGGGUUGGUGUAAUUGGACCUCCACAGGUCCCAGUAAGACCCAUGGCAUACACACCUUGUUUCCAAGGAGACCCACUCGAGAAACUAGAAAAGCUGUCGGAGAAACAUACUGGGGAGCACACUGAAAAGAGCACCUUUCACCCUGAAUCACCAAGAAUCCUCUCUGGAACCAUAAGGAGAGGAGUGGUGGUGUGCAGCGUGGCCCCCAACCUCCCACCAGCCUCACCUUGUCGCUCAGACUGUGACUCCAUAUGCAAGAGCCCUUUGGCCAGUGAUGAGGAUAAAGUGGUCAAUGUAGCAGAGGGGGACACAUGUUUCUCAAGUAGCAACCAACACAGUAACUUAGAGGCCCAGUCUCUGAGUUCCUUUCAGUUGGAUUCCUGUGAGGAUAAUGCCUCCAUUGUGACUGUCAUUCGACUGGUCAAUGAUGCAGUUGACACAAUCGAAAAUGAAGUGUCAGUUAUGGAUGAAGGUGAAACCUACAAGAGAGCUUACCACUGGGACACAUCCGACUGGAUGCCAAGUACAAGGCUAGCAGACACUGAAGAAAUGCAGAACUUCACGUCACCCCCAGACAGCGACAUCGUUGGCUUGGACGCUACUCCAGGAGGAUCCACACAUGAGCUGGAGUCAGAUUACUACUUGGGAGGUUAUGAUGUUGACAGUGAUUACCCCCCUCCACAUGCAGAGGUGUUCUUAAGUCAAGAUCAGCUUCCUCCUCCACUCCCUGGAGGUGGGGACUGCCCUGGACCAUACACACCUCUGCUUUGCAAUGUGCCCAUUUCCAUGGAGACCAUAUUGAACACAAGUAGCACAAGGCAUCAGGAGACCAGGCCACACUUCCACCCCAGCCAUUAUCUACCCUCCCACCAUCUGCCGACUGGGAAUGUGCCCCACAGAGACUUAAGUACACCGUUGGAGCAGGUAUCUCCAGUAAAUGGGGACUUUGCUGUCUCAUUAAAUAUGCACCCAUCAGUUGGUACAUCAUCAACAUGUCAUAUAUCCACCCCCUGUGUUCUGGACUCUGGACCUGGUAGCAGUUGUGAAGGCUUGAGUGAGGUUUGCAGAGGGGUGACCAUUAUCACUGAUUCACAGCAGCAGACUGAAGUUUGAUAAUCUAACAGAUAGUUUGGGGUAUAGAAAAGACCCAAAGAAGCAUGCCAGGGUUACUGCGAUAAAAUGUCCUACAGGAAUUAAUCUUUCAAUUACAUCAAAUAGGAAUGACUAUAAAAAAACAUAGCACAAUUACUCACCUUCUGUGUAGUUGGGUAGAGAGGGGGCUGUGUGUGUUUUGGGGAGAAGACAUGUUUGGGUACUGGUCCUGAAAUCAGAACAUAAACAUCUGCCAAUAUCUGAAUCUUUCUACCCACAAUUGUUUAGCUUGAGCAUUAAUUUUGUUGGUGCUACUGAAUCUACUGAACUGGUUGCUGUGGUUUCCUAAAUGCUCCAAGACAAAGCAAACCCUAGUAAAUGAUGGUAUUGGCCUCCACCUUCAGGAGAAAACCACAUGGUAACCUUUAACAAGCCUUAUGACUGCAGAUAGUCUUUUUUAUAUCAAUUUUGGCAACAAAAUGUUCUGUCACGAUGAGGUUGAAGACAAUUAGUCUGCUACCCACAGUUCGAUAGAAAAGAAGAGUUGACUUUUUAGUAGAAACAAGACUAAGCAAAGCUAUAAUUAUGUUAAACUCUCUACAACAUCUCUGUUAACAUUCAUCAUUGUUAGCACAGCUCAGUAAAUAAUUAAUUCCAUUCAAUUCAGUUUAUUUACAGUAUCAAUUCACAAGACAUGUCUCAAGGCACCUUACAGGAAAAAAAGUAAACUCAAUAUACAGAUGGAUUCCAAGUCAGUUACAUUCUAGUUUGAUCCUAGUUAUCAAAAAGUUGGAUGAGCACAUAGCAAACAGUGGACAUUAGCUUGCAUCAUGUCCUUGUCUUUGCAGCAAUCCCUUAUACUGAUCAUGCAUGUAGCAACAGUGGAGAUUUAAU